AUGUCCUACUCGGCAGACUAUGGGUACACAGCCGCCGACGACGACACACGGGCACGGUUUUCAUCCGAUCCACAAGUCAAGGCAGACUGGGCUCGGAUUCGUGCACUCAACUCACGGUGCCACGAAAUCCUCCGUCUCGCCAAGCAAUACGAUACCGAGGCGCUUGAACGACUCUUGGGAAGCGGGGAGGCAGGCCUGGCAACAGUCUACGAACGGUUUGAAUUUACAGCAUGGCUGGAUCCGGGGGGUGCCUUUGUGGCCAAGAACGUGACAGUAUUUCAAGCGGCGUUGCUGCAACCGGAAGAGUUUGGGCCGCUGCAAAGCGACGGGAGUAUCAGUGGCAUUCACACUGGCAAAUGCUUCCUGACGCUACUCCGUCUUCUUGUCCUCGAGGACAAGAAAUCCAUUCUGCUCCACCAAGAUGCCACGGGCAAGACGGUGCUGCACAUGGCAGCCUUUACAGGCAGCAACAACAGCCACAUCAUUCAGCUUAUUCAAGACACGCUGGCCACGGAACCGGGACUGCAAAAGGAACUGUGGAAAAAGAAGGACAAGAGGGGAAAGACGGCACUGGCGUAUGCACGAUGUGAGCAUGACAAACGUUUGCUUUCGGCUCAUAAGAAUGAUAAUGCAGAGGACGCGAUCACAGCCGUAGCAGAAGAAGCAAUUCUUGAGGAUAAGAGUGGCACCUGCAUUUUGCUUUAG